AAUGUCGUGCUUCUGUCACACACGGAGUUUGUAAGAGAUGUCCGGGAGUGAUACUUGGUACAGGUCAAGGCUUGAAAAUACUCUCUCUUAGUGUUCACUUCAGCCUCGUCAUAAUCAGCAGUUCCAGGCUGCAGCCCACACACCGAAACGAGAUUGACGAUUGAAUCUGACCAAACAAUUUUUUUGGUCUUCACCUUCAACCCUCCCCCUCUUCCUCACGAAAAAAUUCUCACCAUCUUUGAAUGUUUGGAGAGAUAGUAGGGCUCUCCCCGCUCACAGCCUCGACCUAGCUUUCCUUCUUCUCUCCCAUCUCUGGGGGAAAAUAAAUAAAUAAGGGGAUAGAAUGACGGCCGUUCACUUCACUCCGGACCCCUCUCGGCACCGCUCUCAACCACCUCUUCCCGGCCAAGGACAACCACAACCACAACCUUCCGCCUCCGCUUCACCCACUCCUGGGCCCGCUAGUGCUCAUCACGUGCAGCAACGCGCUCCGCUCCCUAAGCAUUCUCAACUUGCCAACAGGAACGCUGUUGGGCCACCACAUUCAUCACGAACAACGUCUACGCCCCCGAACGGAUACAUGAUGGUUGACGGCGCGAUCCCCAGCCACACGAAUGGCACCAUCCCGAAUAUGCACAUCACAAGAGAAGACAGCAUCAACAACAGCAACAACAGCAGCAAUAGUACGUUUGCUCCAACAAAUUCAACCAACCCAUUAACCACAUCACAUAAUACCACCAGCCUCCGUGUCAAUGGGAAUGCUACACGCCCGCAUUCACGUAACCAUUCGCAGCAAACCCACAGCCCCUCUUCAUCCCACCAUCAACUAUAUCCGGCGAAUGGUCCAUCCACUCCCACUACAGCCAUCUCCCGCCAGGAUUCUUCGUCCUCAACCUCGUCCUCGGCCAAUCUGGUUGGCGAGUCUUCCUCCGCCGAGCUGCUGCGACAAACCUUGAAUGUUGCUGUUGCGGCUGCUGGCACUGCUGGCACUACUUCUCCAAGCCCUAAUUCGCAGCCGUCAACUAGUAGUAGAACUCAUUCCCGCAGGAAGCCCCCCCCAAAUAUUUCCACCACUACCAAGAUUUCUGGCCUUCUCACACCUGCUGGUUCCACAGAUAAUUCUGGCGCAGAGAGCCCCGACGACGAGGUUCAUGAUCACGAGGAAGGGAUGAGGCAUGGUUUUGCGGAGGAAUACAAUUCUGAGGCAUAUCUUGCUGUGUUAGAACAGGUUUGAUUCUCUCCCUUUGUUCUUCUGGUGGCGAUUGAGGGGGGCGGUGUGUGUUUCCUAUUUUUCUAACGUGGUGGAAGCUAGGUUUUUUACAUGUAUUAUACCGACAAACGUCAUGAGACGGGUGGGAAUCCGAAGGAAGAGACGCAAACUUUUCCGUUGCAAGAGUGGAGAAUGAAGGACCGACUGAAGACUGUUUCCGCCGCACUGGUUUUGUGCCUGAACAUCGGGGUGGAUCCCCCAGGUAUGAUUCUCCCAUUUUUUUUUUUUGUUGCGGCGAGCAGCCUCAAUUAAUCUUGGAGUAGAUAUCGUCAAAACGAAUCCGUGUGCAAAGUUAGAAUGUUGGGUGGAUACCACUGCUCACCCCGCUGCCAAGGCUCUGGAGCAGAUUGGGAAGAAUUUACAGCAGCAAUAUGAGACGCUUAGCAUUCGAACAAGGUAUAAACAAUACCUUGACCCCUCCGUCGAUGAUACCAAGAAGUUUUGCUGCUCGCUACGCCGUAAUGCGAAGGAUGAACGAAUCCUUUUCCACUAUAACGGCCAUGGGGUACCGAAGCCGACGUCCAGCGGCGAAAUCUGGGUGUUUAAUAAGAAUUUUACUCAGUACAUUCCGAUUUCGCUUUACGAUCUACAGAGCUGGCUCGGCGCGCCGAGUCUGUUUGUCUAUGAUUGUAGUGAUGCUGGAAAUAUAGUCGCCAAUUUUAACAGAUUCAUCGAGAAACAUGAGCAGGAGAACGCGGAGCAACGGGCCAAGGACCCGAAUGCUCUGAUUACUUCAUCGUAUAGCGAUUGUAUACAAUUGGCUGCUUGCGGUAGUAAGGAGACCCUGCCUAUGAAUCCGGACUUGCCGGCGGACUUGUUCACUUGCUGCUUGACGACCCCGAUUGAGAUAGCGAUUCGUUUUUUCGUGCUUCAGAAUCCAUUGCCUUCUAAUCUGACAGUCGAACAGGCAAUGAAGAUCCCUGGGCGUCUCCAGGAGCGUAGAACACCACUUGGCGAGCUCAACUGGAUCUUCACUGCUAUCACUGAUACCAUUGCCUGGAACACCCUUCCUCGGCCCUUGUUUAAGAAACUCUUCAGGCAGGACUUGAUGGUGGCAGCGUUGUUCAGAAAUUUUCUGCUGAGUCAGAGGAUUAUGAGGGUGCAUCAGUGCCAUCCGAUCUCCUCACCUCCUCUACCAGAAACACACCAUCAUCCGUUAUGGCAGUCGUGGGAUUUGGCGGUGGAGAUGGUGCUGGCGCAGUUACCGGCCUUGAAUAGAGCUGCCGACGGUGGCCCUGCAUACGAGUAUCACCAUUCCGGAUUCUUCACUGAGCAGCUCACAGCCUUCGAGGUCUAUCUGUCACAGGGCGCAAUUGAUAGAAAGCCGCCGGAUCAGCUUCCGAUCGUGCUUCAAGUUUUGUUGAGUCAGGUGCAUCGCCUUAGAGCGCUUAUUUUGCUCAGCAAAUUCCUCGAUUUGGGUCCUUGGGCUGUGAAUCUGGCGCUGAGCAUCGGUAUUUUCCCAUACGUGCUUAAACUUUUGCAGUCAGCGGCCCAGGAAUUGAAGCCCGUGAUGGUGUUUAUUUGGGCGAGGAUAUUGGCCGUCGAUGCUUCCUGCCAGGCAGAUUUGCUUAAGGAUAAUGGGUAUAGCUAUUUCAUCCAGAUUCUUAGUCCAGCCUCUGGAAUUCCUGUUGGUAACGCAAGCGAACAUCGUGCCAUGUGCGCUUUUAUUCUCGCCAUGUUCUGUAGAGGAUUUCACCAAGGCCAGGUGGUUUGCAUGCCUCCGAAUGUUAUGGGUGCAUGUCUUGCCCACCUUGGAGAUGAGAAUCCACUGCUGAGGCAGUGGGCGUGUCUCUGUUUGUCACAACUUUGGCACGACUUUGCUGAGGCCAAAUGGCAAGGUAUCAGGGAGGGUGCACACUUAAGGCUUUGCGAACUUGCUACGGAUAACGUUCCGGAGGUCAGGGCGGCGGUAUUGUACGCACUCACGAGUUUCUUUGGGAUCCCGGAAAUGAGCGAGGAGGUUGCAAAAAUUGAGUGGGAUGUCGCGGGGUCACUCUUGAUAAUGACUGCCGAUGGAAGUAAUAUGGUUAGAAAGGAGUUGGUGAUAUUCCUUAGUAUGUUUGUCAAGCGGAAUGAGGGGAAGUUUUUGGUUGCAGCAUUCGAACAGAUGGUCCAAGAGAGGGACAAUCUCACUGGUGUUGCGCGAGCGCAGACGACUGAAGGACUGAGACCGAGUACCCAGCCGACCGGGAGACAUCAUUACAGGGUAUCCUCUGGACCUGGAGCGUUGGGAGCUGAGGGAGCAAACGGUUCGGCUAAAAAGAAAGAUACUCUCGGCCCUGUUUCACCUAAUACCAUAUUCUCAGCAAUAUGGCAAGCGUUGCUCAUGUUCUCUGUCGAUCCGUUCCCAGAGGUUGGCCAGGCUGCCCAGAUUGUUGUUGAUUAUGUUCAUCUCGCACUGUUGCAAAGCCCACUUGGCCAACACGCACAGGAUAUCAUUGAGGAGAUUUCCCGCGCCAACCUGCGUAACUUUAGCCUUACUUUGCCCACCAAUUCUGUGCCUGAGAGCAAACGUCCCGUGUCACCGGGACCGGCCAAAGCUGAGGGGUACUUUACCACCUCCUUGCGAAGAUCGGCGAGUAUCGCUGCUAGUUUGAAGCAGAUGGCUUUGGGAUAUGCUAGUGGAGAGGCAACCCCUACUAAUUCUGCGCCCGCAACUCCGAAGACAUUGAAGGGAGGCUGGUUAACGAAUGGCAGUGCGGAGAGAAGCCCUGAGUGGAAUAGACCUCCCGAUGCAAACGAUCCACAGAGCUCGUCCACAAGCUAUCACACUGCGAAAGAACCAAUCACUCGUAAUUUUCAUGCUAAAGGGGUUGACAAGAUUCCUAGUAUCCCCCUUAAAAGCCAGUUUAUGGAAUGGUCUAUUGAGGUGUGUUAUCCGUGGUUGUGCAUUUUGAGCUCGUCUAACCUUUAGCAGUACUUCCGCGAGCCUCAAAUGAAACCGAAUGAGGCAGAUGAGCCGGGCAGUGUUGAUUAUAACCAGCGCUUGUGGCGUAGAACGCGAAAUGACAGGAUUAUCAUUGACACACAGACUCAGAAGGAGCGGGCGAGCACCUCAAGAUGGGAUCAUAACAAGGGUGUUUUCAACAACGGAAGUCUUCCUAUAAGGCUGCUAUUCCAUCAGUUCGAGAGCCACCUCAUAGCCGUGGACGAAAAAGAUGGUGUAUCGGUAUGGGACUGGGAAAAGGGUGUAAAAACUAAUCAUUUUUCAAACGGCAAUCCAACGGGCACAAAGAUUACCGAGAUUAAGUUUCUUAAUGAGGACGAUGUUGCGCUAUUGAUGACUGGUGGCGGAGAGGGUGUCGUCCGUAUCUACCGUAAUUAUGAGAAUGACGGUGAGGUUGAGCUGGUCUCUAGCUGGAGAGCUCUCACCGACCUGCUGCCUUCUAGGAGAAGUUCUGGAUUGGUUGCUGAAUGGCAGCAGGGAAGGGGGACAAUGCUCGUCGGAGGAGAUGUAAGGGUUAUCAGAGUCUGGGAUGCGCCAAGGGAGAUGUGCAUGAGCGUGAGCACCCUGCUCUUUACUUUACCGGGAAUGUGCUGACCACAGACAUAGGACAUCCCCGCACGCUCCGGGUCCUGUAUAACUAGCUUGACGUCUGAACAAGUUGCUGGCAACAUUUUCGUAGCUGGAUUCGGCGACGGAGCAGUCAGGAUAUAUGACCGCCGUCUGGCGCCUAGAGACUCGAUGGUGAAGGUUUGGAAGGAACAUAAAGCUUGGAUUGUAAAAGUGCACAUGCAACGGGGUGGCAUGCGUGAGUUGGUAUCUGGGAGUGCAACGGGCGAAGUGAAACUUUGGGAUAUCCGCAUGGAUAAUCCGGUCAGGGGGUUCCUUGCGCAUACCAAGGGCAUGAGAAGCUUGGGCGUUCAUGAGCAUGCUCCUAUUAUCGCCACGUAUAAUAGCCCCGCAAAUACCCCGCCCCCUUUCCAUCAUUUUUUUUUUGUUCUUAUGACCCCUAAUAAUUCGUGCGUAGUGGCUCAACCUGGCACGAUGUGAAACUCUGGAACACCUCUACCCCCAAGGACCUCCCGCUCUCAACAAUAAAGCCCUAUAGCAGCUUUCUACACCAGAAUCGCAGCAAUCCCGUCACUGGACUCGCUUUCCACCCCCACCGGAUGAUGGUAGCCUGCUCCGGCGCUGGAGACAACCAUAUCAGUCUUUACAAUUGCGAUUCCAAAGGCGGAAUAUAGGAUCGUGGUCUAUAAAGCUUGAUUAUUUUUCAUUUCACCGGUUUUGUCAUAAUCAUAAUAGCGUUUAACGCGGGCAUCGACUGAUUGAGAUUUUAUCCGUUGGUUGGUCGAUCGAUUGGAGCGGUGCUUUGCGGGGCAAAGGGGAAGG